GAGGGAUUAUAGCUGCUGUGAAACAGUUAUCCGGCUGCAGGUAGAUGUAGGCUAAUCCAAUAACCGGUAACCUUCCAACACAUUCUAACAAAGGCCCUGCGAAAGGCUAGCGUCCUGUCCAGGGGGUGUACCUGUUCAUCAAACUGCCUCACGCUACAUACAUUGAAACGGGAGAUAGGCUCUUGCUCCUAUGAGCAAUUCCGGCUCAUACAAACCAAGGCUCGUGCAAGGCAAUUUACUUACUACUUACUUUCUUACUGUCGUACUUUCAAUACACAUACAUUUCCUGUUGAUUCGUUGUAGAAUGUGGACACUAAACGGCGUCGAGUGGCCUCAAAGAAGAGGGAGAUGAUAUGGCGUUCACUGUCGGGGUUCGAAGACACCGGGGGGCACAAUAUGCCAGCAGCACCAGAGCCCCUCCCCCUGGUGAUAAACCGGCCCUCUGGUCAGAAAACCCCUCCCAGCCCGAGUCCUGCCCCCAGACCGGCACUAUCUCCUGGCAGGCCGAGAUCCAUGCUGCUCGUAACUCCCAGGGCGACGUCUCCCAGAGCAUGAGCGCCCGCAACUCUGUCCCUGGGGCCACGCCUGCACCGGUCGGCUCGUUGUCACAGAGGAAGAGGCAACAGUAUGCCAAGAGCAAGAAGCAGGGCGGCUCCACCAACAGCAGGCCGCCCAGGGCCCUGUUCUGCCUCACCCUCAACAAUCCCAUCCGCAGAGCCUGCAUCAGCCUUGUGGAGUGGAAACCCUUUGAUAUCUUUAUACUGCUCUCUAUUUUUGCCAACUGUGUGGCCUUAGCUGUUUACAUCCCCUUCCCUGAGGACGACUCCAACUCCACCAACCACGACCUGGAAACAGUAGAAUAUGCCUUCCUGAUCAUCUUUACGAUAGAGACCUUUCUGAAGAUCAUAGCGUAUGGUUUAGUCAUGCAUCAGAACUCCUACGUAAGGAAUGGCUGGAACAUGUUAGAUUUUGUCAUUGUCAUAGUAGGGUUGUUCAGUGUAGUUCUGGAGGUGAUAACCAAAGAGGGUGAUGCGGGGGCUCAGGGGGGUAAACCAGGAGGCUUUGACGUCAAGGCCCUCCGAGCAUUCCGUGUGCUCCGUCCCCUCCGUCUCGUCUCAGGAGUACCCAGUUUACAGGUAGUGUUGAACGCCAUCAUUAAAGCCAUGGUUCCUCUGCUCCACAUCGCUCUGCUAGUCCUCUUCGUCAUCAUCAUCUAUGCCAUCAUCGGCCUGGAACUCUUCAUCGGCAAGAUGCACGCCACUUGCUACCUGGUGGGCACCGGCAUUCUGGCAGAGGAGGAGCCUGUUCCGUGUGCAAUGUCAGGCCAUGGGCGCCAGUGCAUGAUGAAUGGGACUGUGUGUAGAGAGGGAUGGCAUGGCCCCAACGGUGGCAUCACCAACUUUGACAACUUCCUGUUUGCCAUGCUUACUGUUUUCCAGUGUAUCACCAUGGAGGGCUGGACUGAUGUCCUCUACUGGAUGAAUGAUGCCAUGGGCUUUGAGCUGCCCUGGGUUUACUUUGUCAGUCUAGUCAUCUUCGGCUCCUUCUUCGUUCUCAACCUGGUUCUGGGAGUUUUAAGCGGAGAGUUUUCCAAGGAGAGAGAAAAGGCCAAGGCUCGUGGAGACUUCCAGAAGCUGAGAGAGAAGCAGCAGCUGGAGGAGGAUCUGAAGGGCUACCUGGACUGGAUCACUCAGGCCGAGGACAUCGACCCUGAGAAUGACGAGGAGGGGGACGAGGAGGGGGGAAAACGCAUCCGCGUGACACUGGCUGACCUAACGGAGAAGAAGAAAGGGAAGUUUGGCUGGUUCAGCCAGUCCACAGAGACACAGGCAAGCAAGCCCGCCAGCGAGACAGAGUCUGUGAACACUGACAACCCCAACGGAGAGGACGAUAAGGCUAACUGCUGUGGACCACUCUGUCAGAAAAUUAUCAAAUCAAAGUACAGUCGGCGAUGGCGUCGCUGGAACCGGUUCUGCCGCAGGAAGUGUCGUGUUGCCGUGAAGUCAGUGUCUUUCUAUUGGCUGGUGAUCAUCCUGGUGUUUCUCAACACGCUCACCAUCUCGUCAGAGCACUACAACCAGCCUGACUGGCUCACGGAAGUACAGGAUGUGGCCAACAAGGUUCUGCUGGCUCUGUUUACGUGUGAGAUGCUGGUGAAGAUGUAUAGUCUGGGCCUGCAGGCCUACUUCGUGUCUCUGUUCAACCGCUUCGACUGCUUCGUGGUGUGUGGCGGCAUCGUGGAGACCAUCCUGGUGGAGCUGGCCAUCAUGUCUCCCCUGGGCAUCUCUGUGUUCCGCUGUGUCCGUCUGCUACGCAUCUUCAAGGUCACACGCCACUGGGCAUCUCUCAGUAACCUGGUGGCAUCGCUGCUCAACUCCAUGAAGUCCAUCGCCUCCCUCCUGCUCCUGCUCUUCCUCUUCAUCAUCAUCUUCUCUCUGUUGGGCAUGCAGCUCUUCGGCGGCAAGUUCAACUUCGACGAGACGAUAACUAAGAGGAGCACCUUCGACAACUUCCCCCAGGCACUACUCACAGUGUUUCAGAUCCUGACAGGCGAGGAUUGGAAUGCUGUGAUGUAUGACGGCAUCAUGGCGUACGGUGGACCCUUCUCCUCAGGCAUGGUAGUCUGCAUCUACUUCAUCAUCCUCUUUGUCUGUGGAAACUACAUCCUGCUGAACGUCUUCUUGGCCAUCGCCGUUGACAACCUGGCAGAUGCAGAGAGCCUGAACACAGCCCAAAAGGAGGAAGAGGAGGAGAAGGAGAGGAAGAAGAGUGCCAGAGAUGAUACUGAUAAGAUGGAGGAGCUGAAACCUGAGGACCAGGAUGGGGAUCUCAAGGUUCCACUGGAGGAGGAAGAGGAGAAGGAGCCGUAUCCCACUCCAGACACUCCAGUUGGUGAUGAUGACAAUGAUGAUGAUAAUCUGCCAGAGGUUCCGGUUGGGCCACGCCCUCAAAGGCUGUCAGACCUCAGCAUCAAGGAGAAGACUCCGCCCAUCCCUGAGGGCAGUGCUUUCUUCAUCUUCAGCCACACUAACCCGGUCCGGGUGGCCUGCCACAAGCUGAUCAACCACCACAUCUUCACCAACCUCAUCCUGGUCUUCAUCAUGCUGAGCUCUGUGUCUCUGGCUGCUGAGGACCCCAUACGGAACUUCUCUGCACGCAACAUCAUACUUGGUUAUUUUGACUAUGCUUUCACGGCAAUCUUUACUGUUGAGAUCCUAUUGAAGAUGACAGCUUUUGGGGCUUUCCUCCAUAAAGGAGCCUUCUGCAGGAACUACUUCAACCUGCUGGACCUACUGGUGGUUGGAGUCUCUCUGGUGUCCUUUGGCAUUCAGUCAUCUGCCAUCUCUGUGGUGAAGAUCUUGCGUGUGUUGAGGGUGUUGCGGCCCCUGAGGGCCAUCAACAGAGCCAAGGGCCUCAAGCAUGUGGUCCAGUGUGUAUUUGUGGCCAUCAGGACCAUUGGCAACAUCAUGAUCGUCACCACGCUGCUACAGUUCAUGUUCGCCUGCAUAGGAGUGCAGCUAUUCAAGGGCAAGUUCUAUCGCUGCACAGACGAGGCCAAGUCCAGCCCAGAGGAAUGCAAAGGCACAUACAUCCUGUAUAAGGAUGGAGAUACAGCGUUGCCUGCAGUUAGGGAGAGGAUCUGGUACAACAGUGACUUCAACUUUGACAACGUCCUCAUGGCCAUGAUGGCUCUGUUCACCGUCUCUACAUUUGAAGGCUGGCCUGCUCUGCUGUACAAGGCCAUCGACUCCAACCGAGAGAAUAUGGGUCCCAUCUACAACUACCGCGUGGAGAUCUCCAUCUUCUUCAUCAUCUACAUCAUCAUCAUCGCCUUCUUCAUGAUGAACAUCUUUGUCGGUUUCGUCAUCGUCACCUUCCAGGAGCAGGGAGAGAAAGAGUACAAGAACUGUGAGCUGGACAAGAACCAGCGUCAGUGUGUGGAGUAUGCUCUGAAGGCUCGUCCACUGAGAAGGUACAUCCCUAAGAACCCCUACCAGUAUAAGUUCUGGUAUGUGGUCAACUCCACGGGCUUUGAGUAUGUCAUGUUCGUCCUCAUCAUCCUCAACACACUGUGUCUGGCCAUCCAGCACUAUGGCCAGUCUCACCUGUUCAACUAUGCCAUGGACAUCCUCAACAUGGUCUUCACUGGCGUAUUCACUGUGGAGAUGAUCUUUAAACUCAUCGCCUUCAAACCCAGGCACUAUUUCGCCGAUGCAUGGAACACAUUUGAUGCCUUAAUUGUUGUUGGUAGCGUCGUUGACAUUGCAAUCACAGAGAUCAAUAACACAGAGGACAGCGCUCGCAUCUCCAUCACAUUCUUCCGUCUGUUUCGAGUCAUGCGAUUGGUCAAGCUGCUCAGCAGAGGGGAGGGCAUCCGAACGCUCCUGUGGACCUUCAUUAAGUCCUUCCAGGCUCUUCCCUAUGUUGCCCUUCUGAUAGCCAUGUUAUUCUUCAUCUAUGCUGUUAUUGGAAUGCAGGUGUUUGGAAAGAUUGCCUUGGUAGACCACACACAGAUUAACCGAAACAACAACUUCCAGACCUUUCCUCAAGCUGUCCUGAUGCUCUUCAGGUGUGCUACAGGUGAGGCGUGGCAGGAGAUCAUGCUGGCAUGUCUGCCAGGGAAGCUGUGUGACUUGGAGUCAGACUACAACCCUGGAGAGGAGAAAACCUGUGGCAGUGGAUUCGCCAUCAUCUACUUCAUCAGCUUCUACAUGCUCUGCGCCUUCCUGAUCAUCAACUUGUUUGUUGCUGUCAUCAUGGAUAACUUUGACUAUCUGACGCGUGAUUGGUCCAUUCUGGGCCCUCACCACCUGGAUGAGUUUAAAAGGAUCUGGUCUGAGUACGACCCUGAGGCCAAGGGCAGGAUAAAGCAUCUGGAUGUGGUGACCUUGCUGAGACGCAUCCAGCCCCCUCUAGGCUUCGGCAAGCUGUGUCCACACAGAGUGGCCUGCAAGAGACUGGUUGCAAUGAACAUGCCCCUGAACAGUGAUGGCACGGUCAUGUUCAAUGCCACUCUGUUUGCCUUGGUGAGGACCGCUCUGAAGAUCAAAACUGAAGGCAACUUGGAACAGGCCAAUGAGGAGUUGCGAGCGGUCAUCAAGAAGAUCUGGAAGAGGACCAGCAUGAAGCUGCUGGACCAAGUGGUGCCCCCUGCAGGCGAUGACGAGGUAACCGUGGGGAAGUUCUAUGCUACCUUCCUGAUACAGGACUACUUCAGGAAAUUCAAGAAACGCAAAGAGCAAGGCCUGGUGGGAAGACACUCAUUCUCCAGCCUGAACUCCACCAUCGCCCUCCAGGCUGGCCUCCGCACACUGCAUGAUAUUGGGCCCGAAAUUCGCCGAGUCAUAUCAUGUGACCUGCAAGACGAGGGCCUUGUAGACAUGAAUGCAGAAGAAGAUGACGAGGUGUCUAGGAGGAACGGCGUGCUGUUCGCCAACCACACCAAUCACGUUAACGGGGACCAACGGGGUUCUGUCACCCAGCGGCCCCUCCAGGUCCCGCCUCCUUCCUGCCACGCAUUCGUGGAGCCCUCUCAGGUUGGCUCUGAGGAAGGGGCUGGUGACCCCCACCCCUACAACCACUACUACCCCAAAUCCCCCAUGUCCUCCAACGCCAACCUCAACAACGCCAACAUCCCCACCCUGCCCUCCCUGACCAAAGGGGGGCAGCGGUGCUGUCUCCGCCGCGAGCACUCAUCCGCUAAUGGGGCACCCUCCUCCAGCUCGCACCGCAAGAGUGUUGACUUCGACACCCUCACCACGGUCCAGUCUGCAAGGAGGCUCUACUAUGAGACCUACAUUAGGUCAGAAUCAGGGGGUGUUCUGUACCCAACCAUCCGUAGAGAGAAGCCAGGGGGAGCGGACAGUGAUGAUGACAAGGGCUCAGGGGAAUACUUCAGUGGAGAGGAGUACCAGGAGGACGACCUCAUGUUGCACAAGGACAGGAUGCCCCAUAGGGAGUUUCAAGACCUUCAAACUGACUUGGACACAAAUGCAUCGAGGGGUUACCAUCAACCGGAUAGUCUCUAUGACGACGACCAACAACCCAUUUACCAAGAUGGUGGGCGGUCGCCAAAGCGAUGGUUGUUCCCCUCUACACCCCAGGCACCCCACAGACCCUCCUUCAACUUUGAGUGUCUGCGGAGACAUAGCAGUCAGGAUGAUGACAUCCCCUUGACCCCUUCCGUUCCCCAUGGAACAGCUCUACCCCUGCAUCUGAUGCAGCAACAGGUGAUGGCAGUGGCUGGCCUGGACUCCAGCAGAGUCCAGCGUCUCUCUCCAUCACGCUCUCUACGUUCCUGGGCCACGCCCCCCACCUCCCCCAUUAGCAGGGACCACUCCCCAUACUACACCCCCCUCAUCCAGGUGGACUGGCGUGGUCCCGGCAGUGUGAGCAGCACCCCUGGCUCUGUGAGAAGAAGCUCCUGGUACACUGACGCCCCGGAAGCCCCUUUGAGCCUCACCUACUCCCCCUCACAGCUCCAGAUCCCCCCAGAGUACCGCAGGCAGUACCACCAGAAGAUAGGCAGUGCCAACAGCCUAGUAGAGGCCGUGUUGAUUUCAGAAGGACUGGGGAAAUACGCCAAGGACCCCAAAUUUGUGGCGGCGACGAAGCAUGAGAUCGCGGACGCCUGCGAGAUGACCAUCGAUGAGAUGGAGAGUGCCGCCAGCAACCUGCUGAAUGGCAGUAUGGGUAAUGGAGCGGGGGCAACCGGGGCCACGGACAAAGUGACGGCCACGAACCUCAGGGACCGUAAUCUCCAUGACUACAGUGAUGAGGAGCCGGACACAAGUGUGAAAUGUGAAGAAGAUCUGACUGAUGAGAUGAUAUGCAUCAGCACCCUAUAGCAGUCAGUCACAUAGGCUGACAUGGCACCCUAUAGCAGUCAGUUACAUAGGCUGACAUGGCACCCUAUAGCAUUCAGUUACAUAGGCUGACAUGGCACCCUAUAGCAGUCAGUCACAUAGGCUGACAUGGCACCCUAUAGCAGUCAGUCACAUAGGCUGACAUGGCACCCUAUAGCAGUCAGUCACAUAGGCUGACAUGGCACCCUAUAGCAGUCAGUCACAUAGGCUGACAUGGCACCCUAUAGCAGUCAGUCACAUAGGCUGACAUGGCACCCUAUACCGUAUGAAGUGCACUAUAUAGGGAGAGAUGUGCCUUUUGGAGUGCCUUUCUUUCUAUGGAAUGAAUAGGUGGAUGGAAACACUGCCAGCUGGAGAGAACUGGAGGGAUGGAGGGACACGCUAAGGCUCCAACUACAGUGGAGUGGAGGGACACACUAAGGAUCCAACUACAGUGGAGUGGAGGGACACGCUAAGGAUCCAACUACAGUGGAUUGGAGGGAUGGAGGGACACGCUAAGGAUCCAACUACAGAGGAGUGGAGGGACACGCUAAGGCUCCAACUACAGUGGAGUGGAGGGAUGGAGGGACACGCUAAGGAUCCAACUACAGAGGAGUGGAGGGAUGGAGGGACACGCUAAGGCUCCAACUACAGUGGAGUGGAGGGACACACUAAGGCUCCAACUACAGUGGAGUGGAGGGACACGCUAAGGCUCCAACUACAGUGGAGUGGAGGGACAUGCUAAGGCUCCAACUACAGUGGAGUGGAGGGACACACUAAGGAUCCAACUACAGUGGAGUGGAGGGAUGGAGGGACAUGCUAAGGAUCCAACUACAGUGGAGUGGAGGGACACGCUAAGGCUCCAACUACAGUGGAGUGGAGGGAUGGAGGGACACGCUAAGGCUCCAACUACAGUGGAGUGGAGGGAUGGAGGGACAUGCUAAGGAUCCAACUACAGUGGAGUGGAGGGAUGGAGGGACAUGCUAAGGAUCCAACUACAGUGGAGUGGAGGGAUGGAGGGACACGCUAAGGAUCCAACUACAGAGAACUGGAGGGAUGGAGGGACACGCUAAGGCUCCAACUACAGUGGAGUGGAGGGACACACUAAGGCUCCAACUACAGUGGAGUGGAGGGACACGCUAAGGCUCCAACUACAGUGGAGUGGAGGGACAUGCUAAGGCUCCAACUACAGUGGAGUGGAGGGACACACUAAGGAUCCAACUACAGUGGAGUGGAGGGAUGGAGGGACAUGCUAAGGGUCCAACUACAGUGGAGUGGAGGGACACGCUAAGGAUCCAACUACAGUGGAGUGGAGGGAUGGAGGGACAUGCUAAGGCUCCAACUACAGUGGAGUGGAGGGACACGCUAAGGCUCCAACUACAGUGGAGUGGAGGGACACGCUAAGGCUCCAACUACAGUGGAGUGGAGGGAUGGAGGGACACGCUAAGGCUCCAACUACAGUGGAGUGGAGGGACACGCUAAGGAUCCAACUACAGUGGAGUGGAGGGAUGGAGGGACAUGCUAAGGCUCCAACUACAGUGGAGUGGAGGGACACGCUAAGGAUCCAACUACAGUGGAGUGGAGGGAUGGAGGGACACGCUAAGGCUCCAACUACAGUGGAGUGGAGGGAUGGAGGGAGGGACAUGCUAAGGAUCCAACUACAGUGGAGGGAUGGAGGGACACGCUAAGGAUCCAACUACAGAGGAGUGGAGGGAUGGAGGGACACGCUAAGGCUCCAACUACAUUGGAGUGGAGGGACACGCUAAGGAUCCAACUACAGAGGAGUGGAGGGAUGGAGGGACACGCUAAGAAUCCAACUACAGUGGAGUGGAGGGAUGGAGGGACACGCUAAGGAUCCAACUACAGUGGAGUGGAGGGAUGGAGGGACACGCUAAGGCUCCAACUACAGUGGAGUGGAGGGACACACUAAGGCUCCAACUACAGUGGAGUGGAGGGACACGCUAAGACUCCAACUACAGUGGAGUGGAGGGACAUGCUAAGGCUCCAACUACAGUGGAGUGGAGGGACACACUAAGGAUCCAACUACAGUGGAGUGGAGGGAUGGAGGGACAUGCUAAGGGUCCAACUACAGUGGAGUGGAGGGACACGCUAAGGAUCCAACUACAGUGGAGUGGAGGGAUGGAGGGACAUGCUAAGGCUCCAACUACAGUGGAGUGGAGGGACACGCUAAGGAUCCAACUACAGUGGAGUGGAGGGAUGGAGGGACAUGCUAAGGCUCCAACUACAGUGGAGUGGAGGGACACGCUAAGGCUCCAACUACAGUGGAGUGGAGGGACACGCUAAGGCUCCAACUACAGUGGAGUGGAGGGAUGGAGGGACACGCUAAGGCUCCAACUACAGUGGAGUGGAGGGACACGCUAAGGAUCCAACUACAGUGGAGUGGAGGGAUGGAGGGACAUGCUAAGGCUCCAACUACAGUGGAGUGGAGGGACACGCUAAGGAUCCAACUACAGUGGAGUGGAGGGAUGGAGGGACACGCUAAAGCUCCAACUACAGUGGAGUGGAGGGAUGGAGGGAGGGACAUGCUAAGGAUCCAACUACAGUGGAGGGAUGGAGGGACACGCUAAGGAUCCAACUACAGAGGAGUGGAGGGAUGGAGGGACACGCUAAGGCUCCAACUACAGUGGAGUGGAGGGACACGCUAAGGAUCCAACUACAGUGGAGUGGAGGGACACGCUAAGGAUCCAACUACAGAGGAGUGGAGGGAUGGAGGGACACGCUAAGGCUACAACUACAGUGGAGUGGAGGGAUGGAGGGACAUGCUAAGGCUCCAACUACAGUGGAGUGGAGGGACACGCUAAGGAUCCAACUACAGAGGAGUGGAGGGAUGGAGGGACAUGCUAAGGCUCCAACUACAGUGGAGUGGAGGGACACGCUAAGGCUACAACUACAGUGGAGUGGAGGGAUGGAGGGACAUGCUAAGGCUCCAACUACAGUGGAGUGGAGGGACACGCUAAGGAUCCAACUACAGAGGAGUGGAGGAAUGGAGGGACAUGCUAAGGCUCCAACUACAGUGGAGUGGAGGGACACGCUAAGGAUCCAACUACAGAGGAGUGGAGGGAUGGAGGGACAUGCUAAGGCUCCAACUACAGUGGAGUGGAGGGACACGCUAAGGAUCCAACUACAGAGGAGUGGAGGGAUGGAGGGACACGCUAAGAAUCCAACUACAGUGGAGUGGAGGGAUGGAGGGACACGCUAAGGAUCCAACUACAGUGGAGUGGAGGGAUGGAGGGACACGCUAAGGAUCCAACUACAGUGGAGUGGAGGGACACGCUAAGGAUCCAACUACAGAGGAGUGGAGGGAUGGAGGGACACGCUAAGGAUCCAACUACAGUGGAGGGACACGCUAAGGAUCCAACUACAGUGGAGUGGAGGGAUGGAGGGACACACUAAGGAUCCAACUACAGUGGAGUGGAGGGAUGGAGGGACACGCUAAGGAUCCAACUACAGUGGAGUGGAGGAACACGCUAAGGAUCCAACUACAGUGGAGUGGAGGGAUGGAGGGACACGCUAAGGAUCCAACUACAGUGGAGUGGAGGGACACGCUAAGGAUCCAACUACAGUGGAGUGGAGGGAUGGAGCGACACGCUAAGAAUCCAACUACAGAGGAGUUUCACCCAACUUUCUUUCUCUCUGUCUGGCAACACCCAGUGAACCGAGAGAUAUAGGUAGGGGUUGUCCCUUAGGGGAUGCAGUAAUGCUAGGUUUGCAGUCCACUCAGGAUGAGUAGGAUUAGUGUCACCACGUCAAUGACUUCAUACAGAAAUCACAUAUCAGUGACAUCACGUUCCAAUCCUCAGGCAUAUCCCCCCUGCCUCCCAUUUGCCUUACCCUCUGCACAGAGAUACUGAGAAUAGUGAGUCAUAGGUGUAGUGGUGGCCAUUUUACAGAACACUUUUUGAAACUGUGAACAACCAACACACAAGAAAACAGUGUACUCAAAUAUCACACACUCAUUCCUGCCCAACCAAUCAAUCUUCAGGGAUGACAGGGUUCCGAUCGAUAGACACAUAUACAGGUACAGACACUAGAAGCCAUGUUGUUUUAGUGAAAGGAAAAAGCUAUUAAGUUGUAGAUAUUUUUUAAACCCUGUAAGAAAAAUAAACUAUAGAAAAGAGAUGCUUUAUAUUUGGUUAAUUAUGAAUCGUUACAGGUAUAGCAAUAUCGUCCCCAUGCCUAUGUUUUAUUUGUGAAUUAAUAUGAAAUUAUAUUUUAUAAUCUUGUCGCCUUUUUUUCCGCUAGAAUGCAUUAUGUUUAAGCAUAGCAGUUUAAGGAGGAUAAUAUUGAUGUAGAAUGACUAUGAUGUCAAAAAGAGCUGCUUUCACUGAAGUGUACGUACAGUAUGGCUGUACAGAAGGAGGGUUUACCAUUUACCAGCUUAGCUCACUGCCAAAAGAAAGAAAUAGUUUCAGGUUACAUUGAGGACAACUGUUUUUCAUUGUGUAUUGUACAGCACUGGAGCAGUUUAACUGUUUACUGUGUUACUGUGCUUCUUCUUCAACUGGUUACUGUCAUGGAAAUGGGUUCAUUUCCUGUUAACCUUUACAGUAUGUGCAAUGAAAGGGCUCCUUCAAAAAAAUAAAAAAUAAAAAUAAAAGGGAAAAUCUAUGCUUUGAAGACACAUAGCUGUGGCCAAUAAGGCUGUAUGACUAAUAUGCAUUUUCCAAACGAGUAAAGUCAAGUUCAAUAUAAACGCAUGUCAUGUCAGGGAUCUUUGUGAAAUGGCGUCACGAAAUGUAAAUUCCUUAACAAUGGAAUAUAGUGUUUACAACUACUAGGUUUUCCUCAGCAUAACUACCAUCUUUCUCUCGACACCAAACAAUUCAACACAUGAAUGAUGGCAUAGUGAUGGCAUAGUGAUGGCAUAGUGAUGGCCACUUUUAUCUAGAAGGGAUAAUACAGCUUUGGUCCAAAUGUACUUUUCAUAUAGCAGGUUAGGAGAAAUAGGUUAAGGUUAGGAAAAGCGUUAAGGUUAGCUAAAAAUAAUUUUCAAAAUUACUUUUGACGUCAAUUUGACAAAAGUUGUAUCCCAUCUAGAAAUGACCACUCAGUGAAUGUUUCGAGAGUGGGGUUCAAAUCCUGACAUAAUGGUAUGCAUGCAUGCCUUCCAGGACCGGUAAUGAUAACUACUGCACCAGAGGUUAUAUCACUGGCUCACAAUGUCUUUGAGAUGGUGAGACUAUACUUUUCCUGGGGCUAUGUACAGUUGAACUCGGAAGUUUAUAUACACUUAGGUUGGAGUCAUUAAAACUCAUUUUUCAACCAAUCCACAAAUUUCUUGUUAACAAACUAUAGUUUUGGCAAGUCG